AUGCCUCCGAAACCUCCUGUCAAGCCGAAACAUCUGCGGGCGAACUCUGCACAGAAUCCCAGUGAGGCCCAUGUCCCAGACCCUGGGACUCGCAGAAGCUAUGGAUUAUAUUCAAUGGCCACGAAUUUGCCCGGACCGAGCGACUCUCCCAAUAUUCGGAUAAACACCCAUGAAGAAGCAUUAAGCAGAGCAGGGUCCGCUGCGUUUGACGCACUGUCGGUGUUUGAAGAUCCACAAGAAGAAUCAUUAAUUGAUUUAUCGCCUGUCGAGUCUACAACGCCAACGGUAUGGUCAAGUCAAUGCUCGGAAGUAUCAGAAGAUAUGCAAAAUAUACUUAAACCGGCCAAUGUUCAGUCACAUUUCAUGCGACCGAGUCUUGUCAAAGGCCCACCCCAGAUGCCUGUUCAUUACAUGAAGAGCGACGAAGAGCUAGCCCGGAGCCUUGCUCGACAGUAUAGUCUGCUAGACAUUGACAAUCUAAGUGAUGUGUCUCCGAUGUUUCGUGAUCAGAUGGACAGCGUAAUGAAGCCAAAAACGCAGGGAGUAGAGCCCCAAGGCCCUCUGCUCUCACUUUCCACCGACGAGCCGAAUUAUGCGGACAGAGCCGAAUGCGCAGAUAAUCCAAAUGGAGAGUCAGAGGAUGAGGAAAGGUGCUAUUGUGGGAAAUAUCCUGCGUAUAAUGGGAAAUGCUUCUUUUGCUACCCUUGCGGUCAUGUAUUUUGUGCAAAUUGCUGGAUCAAGUCCCCCCCACACACAAGACAGCGUGUUCAAGGAGGUAUACCACAUGAAAUGACAGAUCCCAAGCUUGCCAAAAUUAUUGAGCAGACACUGGAGAUCGAAGUGGAUGAGAAAACGCAAGCUUGGAUGCAUAUGCAAGAUGAGGAUUCUUCGUGGUUCGGAACUAUCAGGGACGAGGAUGAUGAUAUGAUUUUCCAGGAUCAUGGAAGAUAUGCCAAUUUAAUGGCUGAGAUGGCUGAGAUGUCUUCGCGUAGGAAGCAACUGCGAUACCCGAGUUUGGUUUCCUUCGUUGGACAGACGGGGGCUGGGAAGAGCACUUUGGUAAAGCUUCUAAUUGAGCUUCAAUCAGCUUCUCAGCAGAAGAGACAGGUUCCUGUUGUGGGGUCAAUCAAGCAUCAAGAUCUCCCAACAUCGGGAGAUGUUCACCUCUAUUCCGACCCAGUUUCGGCAGAUACGGCAAAUCCAAUUCUCUACGCAGACUGCGAGGGUCUGGAUGGCGGCGAAAGAGCCCCGAUGGGUGUAAAAUUCAUGAAGACCGCGCGAAGAAUAGCUGCAAAUCAGGUCCCUGAGGAAAUCAGGACACGCUCCAGCCCAUCCGAGCGUGAUAUCAUAUGGGCGACUACUGAGAGAACCAAAAGCCGCGAGUAUAUAGUUCGUAAUCUGUACCCUCGUCUGCUAUACACUUUCUCAGACACAAUUGUCUUUGUGACUAAGAACCCUAGGGUUGUUGAAAAUGUGGUCGACCAACUAAUAGAAUGGGCAUCGGCAGCCUUGGAGAAAUCCUCCAACCAACCAGUUCUUCCUCAUGCCAUCAUCAUCCUAAAUGCAGCCGAGAACAAUACAGAUCCCCGUUUAUGGGAUAUUGAUCAGUCAACGGAACAUCUCAUGGACAAUAUGAACGAGGCAAUUGAGAGAAACCACAACCUUCGGGCUCGAGUGGCAUUCUGGGCACCUAGACAGAGACGAAUUACUUGCAUUAGAGAUCUUCUCCUCUCCUAUUACUCAACGAUCAGAGUUGUCCGUAUCCCAGAAAGAGGACGACCAAAAUUGAUCAACGAGCAGAUCGAGCGUCUGUACCAGGAAAUUAACAGGGCAUGCCUAGAGUCACUGGAAGCUAAACGUAAACUCAGGAUGCUUUUGAAUUCGGACGAACUUCAGCCUUAUUUGCAACAGGCAUUCGACCAUUUCACAUGCGACUUGGAACUGCCAUUCGAUUUCGUCCAGGCCUCGUUUGCCAAUAGUCCCAUCCACUCCGAUUUCGGAGGAAAUAUUCUGAAGCUGGCGAUAAAUAUCCUGGAUGUAUGGAAAGACAAGCUUGAUGGCCCGGCUAUAUUCAAAGAGCUCAGCUAUAUCGUUGCAUCCUGUGUUAUGCUGGACUCAGCUCGGCGAAAGACUUUAGGCCCUGCGGAGAGUGUAUUCCCAGAGUAUCUCGAGCACUUUGACGACGCUCUGGAUGACUUUUGUGACCGCCACUGGCCUUGCGAGUAUGUGAGUACCGAAGGACGGUGCGUGAAUGUCCGAAGCGGCCACCAUGCAAAGGGUCACCAGUUAAAAGACGGUCGUGUUCUGGCAGUUCAAGAGUACCAAUCGUCGUUUUCUGCUGGAGAGUUUCGACAAACAUUCCGCUCCAUGAUCUUCACAAAUCUGGUCUUUCUACGCCAGAAGUUACUAAAUGCAAUGGGAAGCUCCGCCGAACUUGAACUAAGAGAAGCAGCAUUGAUUCACCGAGACUCCGUCCUGAAGAAUUUCUAUCAUCAUCUUGGGGGACCAAAGGAAUUUGUGAGCCAUACAGCGUGCUAUGCCUGUCUGGUGGAACCUCCGGAGCAUCUAUUGCCUUGUGGCCACGUCCUAUGCACCCCCUGUGUUAAGAUAUUUGGGGCAAAGAAGGGGAAGUAUGACUUUGAGAUCUUAUCCUGUCCUUUGCAUUUUCUUGAGAAUGAGGGCGAGUGUCCACCAUUUUGGCCAAUAUCAAUUAAGCCCCCUCGAGCCGGAACCCGGAUUCUGACUCUAGACGGAGGAGGUGUACGAGGGAUUGUAGAACUGACGAUUCUGCAACAGAUUGAGCGCGCUCUGGGCCAUGGGCUGUAUAUCCAAGACUUCUUUGAUCUCAUUGUGGGAACAAGUACGGGUGGAAUUAUUGCUCUAGGACUAGGAGCCUGUGGAAAUUCCGUCCAGGAUUGCACCGUGGCCUUCCGUUCCCUCUGCCACGAAGCAUUUACUAAGAGGAAGGGGAUAGGAGUUCCGGGAAUUGGACAGAUCAUCUCGGCCUCCAAGCAUAGUCAAUUCGAAACCAGGCCACUGGAAUACGCGCUCAGAACAUUUUAUGGUGAGGAUCGACUCUUUGGUGGACCUCGACAAGGUAUCAACUCGGCUUGCUUGAGACGACUUACGAAAGUGGCGGUGCCGACAACAACCACAGCAGGCUCCGUCACGGUUCUUGCCAACUACAACCGACACAGUGCUGUGGAUGAACUGUCGUAUAGGUUCUAUCGGUCCGAAAAGCCCGAGAAUGAGAUGAAGAUUUGGGAAGCGGCCAGGGCGACGUCUGCUGCUCCGACGAUUUUCAAGCCGUUUUUCCAUAGUCCAUCCGGGCAGGGCUAUCAAGACGGUGCCAUAUAUUACAACAAUCCCAUGGAGAUUGCCAUUAGAGAGCGGAGGUUACUAUGGCCGGAUACGUUAGAGAAUCAACAUCCCGACGUUUUCCUCUCGGUGGGCACUGGCUAUAAGCCAAAAGCACUAGCUCAGGAGCCUCAUCUGCCUUCGAGGCCGUCCAGCUGGGGGGUGGUUUCUCACUUCAAAUCACUUGCUAAGAUAGCCAUUGAUCAUAUUCAUAGCAGCUUGAACUCGGAGCGGACCUGGAAAACGUACUUCGAAAAAAACCCCCCACCACCAAGGUUCGACAGGUACAUCCGGGCAAACCUAGCCCUAGACAGUGACCCGCCCAAACUAGAGGAUGUCAAGGCCAUUGAUCAACUGAGUGACAUGGCUCGAUCCAGAUUCACAAAGGACAGGGAUUUCAUCAGAUCCAUUGCCGAUCGUCUCAUUGCGUCUUCCUUUUAUUUCGAACCCCUUAUAGCUCCCAACAUGAUUGAGAACGACGAUGGCUCUGUCUCACUAAAAGGCAACAUUCUUUGUAGAUUUGCCUGGGGUUCGGAGCAAAUUCGUCGUUUGGGUGAAUCAUUCCAUCAGCUGUCAAAGAACACGUUCAAUCGGGGUCGCUCUGGAUCACAAACAGAUGGACACCAGCCAUUCUUUAUGAUCCGAGAGCGGCGCAGAGAAAGGGAUGAGCAAUUUAUUGUAAUUGAGGACCAAACCAUCCGUUCAAUGAUCCGUGACUGUCAAUUUUCAAUGGGCAAGAUAGAGGUGCGUCUAACGCAGAGAAUGGCAGAGACUGAGAUUUUUCUCUGCCUCGACGGAAAUCGAAAUGAACCCACAUACUACCCAAUCAGCGGAUUCCCAAGAUGCCUUCUGGAAGAAGAUAUGACCGGAGACACGGGAACGGGGGGCGGCCCGAAAAUGACGUAUUACAGCAGUUGGGAGGAGCUCGAAAUGGCCGCCAAACAGACGAUGGAGCACAUUAGAAAAAACUCGAUUCUUAAGGACGAUUUUUUGCUCGCCUUUAUUCAUGGUGUGCAGGACGGCGCCCAUCGGGACGUCCACAGCAAGAUGGCUGUAGUCUAUGUGAUACAGGAUUACUUGAUGGAGAUCCGCCAGGAUAUCAGUGAUGAGUCCUGUUGGAGGAACAAGAGUUCUCAACAUCUCGACGAAUUGGAUUUGCUAUCUGGAUAG